AUGGGGUGGGCUCGUGUUGUUCCUAGCUCUCGUCUCCUCUUCCUCAUAAUCCUCACGACCGUUGUGACGGUGGCGGUGUGCGUUACGUCUUGUGUCAUCCUCUGGCUGGCUCCGCAAGUACCUUACUCCGUCCACUACAAUGGAGGCAGAUACGUCCACUACCCGGCUCUCGUUCUAGCCGCGACAGCUCUAGUAUCUGCUCUCUCCCUCUUCCCUGGGGCCUUCGGGCUCUCUCGUGACUCAAAGGCAGCUCUUAUCCUGUACUGUGUGAUGUUGGUGACAGUGACAGCGGGUGAGGUGAUUGGCUCAGCCACUGUCUUCAGCUUCGCAUACAUUGGAAAGCUGGAGUCGGCCAUUGGUAGUGGCAUCAGACAUGACUUGGAGCUGUUCGACAACAACACAGACUCUUCCAUUAGCUACAGAAUAAACAGCCUUCAGUCCCAUCACCAUUGCUGUGGAGUGGAGAGCUACAUUGACUGGAACGAUACCAAAUGGAAGAAGGAGGAGGCAGGAGAAUAUCAGCUAGCCCCCGAGUCUUGCUGCAAGGCAAAGUCCUCCUCCGGCCCCAACUGCUCCUCCAGUGCCUCCAUGAUCUAUCACACAGGUUGUGUGGGUGUAUUGCUGGGCAGGACAAAGAUAGCCGUGGACAGUUCACUGGGAGGAUCAGUAACCCGCAUGGCGCAACAACAGCAACAGUACAGCUACGGCUACGGAUACGGAUAUGCACCUGGGGCCGUGGGAUACGGAGUCCAGAUGCCGAGCUACGGCACGACUGGUACGCCUGCGAGACCUCCGGCCCAGCAGACGUACCAGGCCCAGGCCUACACUCCGCAGAAGUCCUCUACUACUCCAGUACAGCAGCAGCCAGCUGUGAACCAGGCCCAGGGAAGCUACUACUCCGGUCAGAAUGCUGGCGCAACCGGGACCUCCGUGACCUCUUACACCUCCCCGCUCAGCAGGCCUCCAGUUACUAUGGCUACCAGUACAGAGGCCAACAACAGCCGGCUGGACAGCAGCAAACGGCGGCACAGCAAACCAGCUUCUCGUCCUACUACCAACAACACACCCCGACUGCUUCUGCUGCCCCUGCUGCUAAGACCACACCCACUGCCACGACCUCCUUCCUCUCACCAAGGGGUGGGGUAUGGCAGCAGUCCUAUUGUUGCGGCUCUACCAUCAGUUGCGUACCCGACCACCUAUUCCACGCCGUACUACUCUCCUGCAGCCACUGCUAACAGGUAUGGAAUUAGUACUGGAGUAAACACAACUACACAGCCCGGAGUAAAGUCCGUGUACUCCACUCCACCCUACACCCCAAGCUCCGCCUCUUACCCCAGCACUGCCAGCUACAACGCGACCCAGGAGAAGGUGAUUGCACACUAUAUAGCCCAGAAGACGGCUGUGGGGAGCGGAGCCGGAAAGUUCCAGAACAAGAGGCCGUACAACCCUAACAACCAGGCCGUGUACUUCUGUGAGGUGUGCAAAAUCAGCUGCGCCAGCUCCAUGACGUACAAGACCCACCUGGAGGGGAAAGCUCACAAGAAGAACCUGAGCAAGCAGCAGGCGAGCGGUGCCAACGGAGCGGGAGGUGAGGGGGGAGGAGGGGAGAAGACCGACUACACCAGCAGGCCUCACUACUGCCCUCUCUGCGAGAUCCAGUGCACCAGUAGCGACUCUUACGAGGCUCACAUCAGGGGUUCUCGUCAUACCAAGGUCCUGAAUCUGUUCCGUAAGCUGGGGAAGACCAUCCCCAACAUCAAACUGCCCGAGGGGACCGAAAUCACAAACACAGUUGGCGGGAAGAAGGUUGCGGUCAGUGCUCCCAGGAUCAACUUUGUGGGAGGCCAGCAGCUGACAUCCACGGGGGCCGCUGGUAAAUCCAGCGGACCCCCCAGUUUGUACCCCCCUUGUCCCGGGGGGCCCACAGCAGUUGUGGGGCCUACAGCACUUGUGGGGGGGCAGGUGAAGACUGAGGGUGGAGAGGGAGAAAUAGGGGCUGGGGAAGAGGCAGUUGAUGUUGAACCAGUUGGUGAGCAGUUUGUGGUGCCAGUGACCAACGACCCAAAGUUCCCGCACGCCAUGUACAAGUGCACCAUGUGUGACUGUUACUUCAACGACGACUGGGCCAAGAAGGCGCACGCCAAGGGACGCAGGCAUCCGCCUCAACUACAAGAAACUCUACCAGCCUGAUCUCUAUGUUGAGCCCAGCAAAAGGUUCGGUGCUCUCUAAGAUGCCUACAGUUUGCAAAUCUGAAUUGAGGCUUUAGAGAUGAGCCAUGAUGGUCUAAUUCUGUUCUGAACGUAAUCGACGCAAGAACGAGAAGAUGAGAGGUCCGGAGUAUGGGAGGGGUGGUGGAUACUAACGUAGGACUGGUAAG